AUGGCUGUCGUAUUGUGGCUGAAGAUCACCAUUUUAAUAUCUGUAUUAUUAAACGUGGUACAUACCGCUCGCUUGUAUACGGAGGAGGAUCCCGUAGUUAUUCUAACCAGCGAUACUCUGAAACAAACCUUGCACAACUCUCCAACAGCCUGGCUGGUUCAGUUUUACUCAUCGUGGUGUGGACACUGUAUCCAGUAUUCCCCAACAUGGAAAGCGCUGGCGGGGGAUGUGAAAGACUGGGAACACGCCAUUCGCAUUGGUGUUCUGGACUGCGCCAAUGAAAAGAACUACGACAUAUGUAAGGAGUUUGGCAUCCACUUCUACCCCACCUUCCGGUAUUUCAAGGCCCAUGGCAACACAUUGGAUUUUGGAAAAACAUACAGAGGUGCUGACAGGGAACUGCAGACUGUGAGACAGCUGAUGGUAAAUUUCCUGCAGAACCACACAAGACAGGACUGGCCUGCUGGUUGCCCCCCUCUUCAGCCCUUCAGUUCAGAAGACGUCCUCUCUUUCAUGGGAAAGAAAUCAGAACAUUACACUGCAGUGAUUGUAGAAGAUGAAGGAUCCUACGUGGGAAGAGAGGUAAUAUUGGACCUGAUGCCUUACGAUGGUGUGACUGUGAAAAGAACAUUAAGCUCAGACAAACUCCUCAUGCAGAAACUGGGGAUAAGCUCUGUCCCUUCAGCGUACCUCUUUUACCCCAAUGGGACUCAUGCAGUCAUGGACGUACGAAAACGACUGCGAUUUUUCUUCUCCUCUUUCCUGAAACUUCUCCCCGGGGUGCAUCGAAAACAUUCCGGGUCUGCCCAGGAGAGAGAGCAUGCGGUCAACAAGGGACAAAGUGCCGUCAAAGAAUGGAAAGAGUUUGACAAGUCUAAAGUUUACAUGGCGGACCUGGAGUCGGGUUUGCAUUAUCUCUUAAGAGUGGAGCUUGCCACACACAAGACUCUUGAAGGGGAGGAGCUUAAAACAUUUAAGGACUUUGUCACCGUGGUAGCCAAGCUCUUCCCUGGGCGUCAGGCCGUUGUGAAGCUUCUGGAAACUCUUCUGGAAUGGUUGGUCAGUUUACCACUGGGGAAGAUCCCCUAUGAUGCAGUCCUGGAUCUGGUGAACAACAACAUGAGGAUUUCCGGCCUGUAUUUGAGUGACACUGUCCAGUGGGUUGGUUGCCAGGGCAGCAGCGAAGCUUUAAGAGGUUAUCCCUGCUCCCUCUGGACGCUUUUUCAUGUUCUGACAGUCCAAGCCGCUCAGCAACCCGACGCCUUGGCCAAUACAGGUCUGGAAGAUAAUCCUUUGGCGGUGCUUCAGACCAUGCGACGGUACAUUGGGACGUUCUUCGGCUGUCAGGAGUGUGGGAAGCACUUUGAGGACAUGGCUAAGGAGUCUCUACACCUGGUUAAGAGCCUGGAUGAGGCAGUGCUGUGGCUUUGGAGGAAACACAAUCAGGUUAAUGCACGACUGGCAGGGUCAAUGAGUGAAGACCCACUCUUCCCAAAGACUCAGUGGCCGACCCCUGACCUUUGCCCUUCUUGUCACGAGGAGAAUGAAGGUCUCCACGUGUGGAACGAAGCCAUGGUCCUGACUUUCCUCAAGCAGCACUACGGAGCUACCAACAUCUCGCCGAAAUACACCAGCAGCAACCGCCCCGAGCCGCAAGCCAACGCGGGGAACCAAGCGCCCGUGCCGCCGUUCGACGACGGGCCUCGACCCGAGGACCCCGCGGACGAGCUGCCCAAAGACCCGCACAAACCUCCGAGGAAGUCCGAGGAGAACAGCCCAGGCGAAGGGGGCACCGGCGUACAUAAGGAGCUGAGAACUGGGGUCACUUUCCUGGGCUUGGGUUUCUCCAGCGUGGACAUGAGCUUGUGUGUGCUGCUUUAUGUCUCCUCCUGCGUGUUUCUCAUGCUCAUGUUCUUCUUCUUCCGCGUCCGCUCCAAGAGGUGGAAGAUUAAGACCUACAAACCCUACGUAUAA